UAAAACACACGAAGAACAGCAAAACGAAAGGAACACCUGUCCACAUCUAAACCUGUCGCUCACUGGAUUUGAUUUCAUCUAUGAUUCAGAAAACAUGUCUAUAGAUGUCGAUUUAGCACAAUGCCCACCAAAUCUAAUAACACUCGCGGACAUUUAUGUGUUUAAUCCACAAUCCAUCGAGACCAGCAAGAGAUUCUGAGAACGACGCGCGCGGACUGACAACAAGCGUUACUGAGUUUAAAAUACUGAUAAAUUCUCUUCUUAGUGGACAAGACUGCAAUUUUCAGGGUCAGUUUAGCUGCAGUAUGUCAGAGGAAAGAGGAAAGGACUCUCUCUCUCAGAUGAGUCUCUCAGAGAAACACAGUGUAAGAUCAGGCUCACAUGUGUCCAGCUCUGUGUCUCUGAAGAGUGAUUGCUCUAAAGGUGAUGUACCAAACUUCAGUGAGAAAACACCAUCAUCUAAUAAAAGGCUUCAAUAUGAGACAUUAGACUCAGACCUUCAGACUCACAGGAACCACAAGAAUUUCAAAGACAAUCUUCUUGGGAUCUUCCAGGAUCUUGAGAGGAAAAUAAUCACAUUUCUGAAGAAUGAACUGGAGAAGUUAAAGAAAAUAUUACAACAUGAGAACACACAACACUUUGUGAAGGACUUUAAUGAGAACAGAUCCAGUAUCAGAGAAGCCGCUCUUGAUCUCACACUACAUUACCUGAGAGAGAUGAAGCAAGAUGAAGCUGCUGAUGCUCUAGAAGGUGAGCUGUUCUUCAUUCAUCAGCUGAAAUGUGGCCUAAAGAAGAAGUAUCAAUGUGUGUUUGAAGGAAUGGCGAAGCAAGGUGACGCCACACUCCUGAAUAACAUCUACACAGAUCUCUACAUCACUCAGGGUGGCAGUGAACAGGUCAAUACUGAACAUGAGGUCAGACAGAUCGAAGUUGCUUCCAGACGUCAUGAAGCACAAGAGAUACAGGUUAAAUGCACACAUUUGUUUGAAGCGCCUGAACAAGACGAGGAGAUCCGAACUGUACUGACAAAAGGAGUCGCUGGCAUCGGGAAAUCAGUCUCUGUGCAAAAGUUUGUUCUGGACUGGGCUGAAGGAAAAGAAAAUCAAGAUAUCAGCUUCAUAUUUCCUCUUCCAUUCAGAGAGAUGAACUUAAAGGAGAAAGAAAAACUAAGUUUGAUGGACCUUAUAACUCAGUUUUUCCCAGAGACAAAAGGACUGAACCUUACAAGAAGGAAUCAGUUCAAAGUGCUGUUCAUCCUUGAUGGACUGGACGAAUGUCGCCUUCCUCUGAAGUUUGAUUGUAAUGAGACGUGGCGUGAUGUAUCGUCACCAGCCUCUCUGGAUGUUCUCCUAACGAACCUCAUGAAGGGAAAUCUGCUUCCUUCUGCUCUCGUCUGGAUCACCAGCAGACCAGCAGCUGCCAGUAAGAUUCCUCCUGACUGUAUCGACCGGCUGACAGAGAUACGAGGAUUCAGCGACGCACAAAAGCAAGAGUACUUCAAAAAAAGAUUCAAGGAUGAUAUUCAAGCCAACACAAUCAUAGAUCAUGUUAAACAAUCAAAGAGUCUCUUUAUCAUGUGCCACAUCCCAGUCUUCUGCUGGAUUUCAGCCACUGUUCUCCAGAACAUUCUGGAGGAGAAGAGAAAUAAUGAUGUGAGAAACACUCAGGCUGAUGAGAUCUCUAAAACACUGCAGGAAUCAAACACUGAAGACACUCCCAAGACUCCGACACAAAUGUACACACACUUUCUCCGCUUUCAGAUCCAGCAGAGCCGCCGGAAAUAUGAUGGAGAAUACACACCAGAUGUUUCCUGGGAUAAAGACGCCAUCCUUUCACUGGGGAAACUGGCAUUUCAUCAGCUGGAAGAAAACAACCUGAUCUUCUAUGACACAGACCUGGAAGCCUGUGGUCUUGACGUCUAUAAGGCAUCAGUGUACUCAGGCAUGUGUACCCAGAUCUUUAAGGAGGAAACAGGGAUCGUUCUUGGUACCAUGUACUGCUUUGUUCACUUGAGCAUUCAAGAGUUUAUUGCAGCCCUUUAUGCACAUCUGUUUCUAGACAUCAACAAGACAAGUGUGUUUGAUCAUGAGUCUACAGAACAGGAAAACAGAAAUGAAACCAUGAUUGAUUUUCUCAAGACUGCAGUGGACAAGGCGCUGGAGAGUGACAAUGGACACCUGGACCUUUUCCUUCGCUUCCUCCUCGGUCUGUCACUCCAGUCCAAUCGACGACUCUUACGAGGUGUGUUGACACAGCGAGACGGCACUGACCAGAGCAACAAGGGGAAAGUUCGACGACUCUUACGAGGUCGGUUGACAAAGAAAGACGACACUGACCGGAGGAACAAGGAAAUAGUUCAGUACAUCAAGCUGAAAUUAGCAGAUAAUCUUCCUGCAGAGAGAUCCAUCAAUCUGUUCUACUGUCUGAAUGAACUGAACGACCAAACUCUGGUGAACGAGAUUCAGACCCACCUUAGCAAAGGAAGUCUCUCAUCUGGUGACCUUUCACCUGCCCAGUGGUCUGCUUUAGCCUUUGUGUUGUUGACAUCAGAGGAAGAGCUGGAGGAGUUUGAGCUUCAGAAAUUCAAGAAAUCAGACGAGUGUCUCAUUAGAUUAUCAGCAGUCAUCAAAACCUCCAGAAGAGCACUGUUAAAUGAUUGUAACUUAACAGACAAAAGCUGUUCAGCUCUGGCUGCAGUUCUUGGAUCAGAUACCAAUCUGAAAGAGCUGAACAUGAACAAUAAUAAUCUGCGGGAUUCAGGAGUGAAGCUGCUCUGCACUGGACUGAAGAAUAUAAAGUGUAAAUUGGAGAUACUGAGGUUAAGCUGCUGUGAUAUGACAGAUGAAGGUUGUUCUGAUGUGACUUCAGCUCUGAAAUCAAACCCGUCACACCUGAGAGAGCUGGACCUGAGCAGGAAUAAUCUAGGAGACUCUGGAGUGAAAAACCUCAGUGAUCUACUGAUGAACCCACAAUUCAAGCUGGAGAAACUACAUCUGAGUUAUUGCAGUAUUACAGAGAAACAGAGUCUCAUCCUGACUUCAGCUCUGAAAUCAAACCCGUCACACCUGAGAGAGCUGGACCUGAGCAGGAAUAAUCUAGGAAACACAGGAGUGAAGAACUUAUGUGCCGUACUGAAGGAUUCACACUGUAAACUGGAGAGAUUGAGGUUAAGCCGCUGUUAUAUGACAGAUGAAGGUUGUUCUGAUGUGACUUCAGCUCUGAAAUCAAACCCAUCACACCUGAGAGAGCUGGACCUGAGCGGGAAUAAUCUAGGAAACUCUGGAGUGAAAAACCUCAGUGAUCUACUGAUGAACCCACAAUUCAAGCUGGAGAAACUACAACUGUAUGACUGUGGCAUUACAGAUGUUUCUUCUUUAACUCAGUCUUUGACGAACUCAAAAGCUCUGCAGUUUUUAAAAGAGCUUGAUCUGAGACUCAAUGAGAUCGGAGACUCAAAGCAGCGGCUCAGAGACGAGCUACGAGACUCAAACUGUGUCCUGAGAGUAUAUUAAGAUUGAUCAGCAAACGUCAGUGGAUUUACAUCAAGGUUUAAAUCUGUGAAACGGAGAUGAGAGGAGCAGAAACCAUCAGGUGAUCCACAGAAGAGUCUCACUGCUGUCUAUGAGGAGAAAUACAUGUGUAAAUGUGUUUCAUACAGGUGGAAGAGACUCAGACUUCACUAUUAAAUAAAGCAGCGUGUGUGUUAGCAUGCGUAUUAGAAACAUGUGA